CUACUUUAGUAUGACGGUAGUUUUUUGUGAUUACUUUAUGCUGCAACUAAAGUAGUAUUCCAGAAUUCAAUAUUAUCCUUCGUUACCAACAUUAAAUAACUUGUAUUGAAUAUUCUGGAAUCUAUAUAACUUAAAUUGCUGAUAACGCUUACACAUUAUGUGUACAUGUAUUAAGUUUAAUGGACUAACUAGUCUUUGUUCUACCUGUGAUUUACACACAUGUGAUCUUACGAGUAGUACUUAAACUUGGCUAUCUUGUCUUGAACUAUUUAAAUUAAUUAUCAGAUUCAAGAGUAGCUACCUGAUGCCUACCGCAUGUACCUGCAGAUGGGUGCAGUGGAAAUUAUGAUGAAAACUCUAAGAAUGAGAUAAAGCAAUAGAGAAGUUUAUAAUCCUUUCAAUGACCUGUACUUAAUAUUCUGCUUUUAAGGUAUGUUCGGGAAACCCAAUUAUAAAAACAUUAGAAGUAGCAAAUUUAAUAACUCCUUAUGAAUGCGCAGAUGGAUAAGGUGCAAAUAGUGUGGAAGACUGUAAUAUUGAUCUGAAACAAAUAAGCAUUGUAGGAUUGUUCUAUUUAGCAACGAAAAUAUACUACUCUUUGUGAAUCAUGG